AUGGACAAAGCAUAUUGCUUCCCUAAUUCCCUUGCUCAUCAGUCAGUCCCUGCUCAUCUCCUCCAGUCCUCCAUUCGUCGAUUGCAGAGAACUUUGCCGUUGUCGUUGUUUGGGGAAGAGGAGGAGGAGAGAGACGAGCAGGCGAGUCAGGAUUUGAUCGGGUUGACUGAGAAUGAGGGAUUUGGGAGAAAGGAGUCGAAUUUGAAUGUGAAGAAGGGUGGGAUUGAUGAUUUGAUAUCCAAUUUGUAUGUUCAGAACGGGUCGGGUCCGAAUUCGGAUAUAAAUGGGAGCUCGAAUUCGAGUGGGGCAAAGUUGAAUGAGGAAGAAGGGAAUGGGGAUUUUGAUGAGGAGGAUGAUGAUGGAUGGGAAUUCAAGGCUGCAGAGCCAGAGCAAAGGGGUGAAAAUGAGAAUUCAAAGGGACAAGGGGUUGUGGAAGUAGCAGAGGUGAGAGCAGAAUCAAGUACAUUCGUUAACGGAGGAAUCUAGGCGGGUAUUGUUUAUUGUUAGAUUACUUUCUUAUGAAUGUUUUCGUGCAUAUACGCCAUUUUCCAAUUUGCUUGAAGAAUCUAGCGCCAGUUAGCUAAUGUAACAGUUCUAUAUUUUGUAAGUGUGUUGUGUGAAAAUUAGCCCAAUCUACUUUCGAAUCCUGGUUCCGUCCCUGGCUGUACCUCGUACAAUAUUAUCCCUCCUCGAUCGGAUAGUUGAAGUGCUUGCCUUGUUAUCCUGGCCUCAAGUUUCUCUUCAAGUUGGUUUCCAUCAUUUGGAAAUUGAAGGUGAUGCCUCAACUACUGAAGAUCUCGGUUGGGAAGGUCACUUCUUGGAUGAAAUCAAGAUCCUAAUUAGUUUGCUUUCUUUUUGUCGUCGGUGUUUUGUUCCUCGUCCUUGUCAUUUUGUUGCUCCUAGGUUAGCUAACUUUGCUACUUCCCUGUCACAAAAUUUCUUCUGGUUUCAUCUUGUU